UACCGCAAUGCAUCAGUCCGCCCAUCGACGCGAGCGUCACCGAGAAGUACAGCGCUCUCCGAACACAUGAACGAUCAUAUUCAUCACUCUAUUACAUGAGGAAUAUUAUAAAGACAUGUUAUAAAGGCAAGUUAAAGAACUCUAUGCAUGAUUCUAAUGACAAUACGUCACGUACUGUCUUCGAUAUUAAUGAAUGUAACGUUAUUCGUCACAUAGCAGAGCUUGAAUGAUAUAGACACUGUUCUCAGGUCAGAUGACCACUUGUUUGUUAGACAAGCUCGGCUGUGUUUUAAUUGUUUUAUUAUAAUAACUGAUGUAAGAGAAAAGCAAGAAAGCUGUGAACGGAGCGAUAACAGCGUUGAGCCGACGAGUGUCAACGGAGUGUGUUGACGCUGGAGCCUCUUUUUGCGCACUUCACGUCUUUAUCAUGCAAAUAAGGGCCCAGUGCUAGUUAGAUGCUACUAGUUUAGUUUGCCUCGAAUCUGAGCUGGGACACACACACACACACACACACACACACGGACCCCUCCGAGGCCGGCGCAUGGUCAGGAUAUGAAGAUACAUCCCUGCGGGAUCUAGAGUCCGUCUCUCCAUCAUGAACGUGUAUAUCGGACGGCUGCUGUCCCUCUGCGUGUUCUGCGCGCUCUCAGUGUCUCUGUGCAGCGGCGCGUGUGCAGAGGUGGACUCGGACACGGAGGCCGUGGCGGGUCACAGCUUCGAGCUCGGGUGUCUGUCCUGCAAGAUGCGAUUAGAGGUGCCGGCCACGGCCACGGUGGACUGGCACUUCAGGGCUCGAGGAGAGGCAGACUUUGUGCAUAUUUACAGUUACGAUGGCGAGUCUUCUAACAUCAUCCAUGAGCAGUUCCAGGAUCGAGUACAGUGGCACGGCAGCAAGAACACGCUCGACUUGCAGGACGCGACCAUCGACCUUCAUAACGUCACUUUCAAUGACUCGGGCGUUUACCGCUGCAUCUUCAACCGAAUUCUCAACUACGAACAUUAUGAAUUCUCGACCACCACCACUAAAGAGGUUCAUCUGACUGUGGUGCCUGAAGCCAGGCGUGGAACGGCGUCUAUCGUGUCAGAGGUCAUGAUGUACGUGUCUAUCAUUGGGCUUCAGCUCUGGCUGCUGGUGGAGAUGAUCUACUGCUACAGGAAGAUCGCUGCUGCCGGAGAGGAAGCGCUGAGAGCCAGCGCUGCGGAGUAUUUAGCCAUCACUUCGGAGAGUAAAGAUAACUGUGCUGGUGUGCAGGUAGCAGAAUAACACCGGUUUCUUCCUAAGAAGCUCGUUCCAAAAAUCUUCUUCUGGACUGUGUUACUUCUUCCUGUGACCAUCACCAACUUGUCCCUCAACCUCUUUUUAUAACCUUUUCUUACCUGACUCCAUCAAAUCUUCUGUGUCGCAUGAGUUAGAUGCUAUGCAUGGUGACGGACUUUCAGUUUCACUCGCACAUACGACACAACAGACCCUAGAAAGAGAAACACAUACACGGUCGGUUUACUGCAAUACUCCAUCACGAGAACCAGAAAAUGGCAAUACUUGGAUUUUGCACUAGAGACCAGUAAAGAGCCACGAGUUCUGAGGCCACAUAUAAUAACCAUAUUUACCUUUAGCUGCUCUGAAAGCCAAUGUUGCAUGAGCUAACGUGAAUGCAUUUCUAUACGUUUAUAGGCUUGGCAAUAUUUCAAGUGUUAACAUACUAAGGGUUUAGUGUAAGUAUUCCAGAAUGAUCCUAGAUGCUUUAAGCACUAUAAAUGAACUGACGAAGGCGUUUCUAAUCCUCGCUGUAACCCUGUAGCUCAUGUCAUGAUGUGUACACACACACACACACACUGUCACACGAACACCACACUAGUUUCUGAAUGUAGCAAACAUUAUAUUGUAGGAAUGUAAAGAUGCUGCUCUGGUAGAGUUGAAUGUUUGACUUGAUAGUGAUUACCUCGUGCUGAAAUGCAUUGUGGGUAAGUGCAUUAAGACAUAUUCGAGCUGAUAUUUACUGCAUGCCCACUCUGCAGACGAUCAGUGCAGGUGUCCUGUAACAAAACUCCUCGUCUACACCGGGACGUUUGUGUUGACGGUCACAUGAUUGAAUGUGAUGUUCUGUAUUAAAUGAACAUGAAUUGAUGUGAUGAAAGACAGAAAUGUCUUCAAUAAACCCCUGAUGACACUUUGA